CUGUGGUCCAGCGGGUCCAGCUCCUCCAUCACCAUGGUGCAGAUGAUGGAGUCUCAGUGCGAGUACUUCAUGUAUUUCCCUGCGGUGCCCAUCACGGAUCUGUCGGACCCGGCUCGGUACCGCAGCCUGCCCCGCCGGAGCCACCUGUACCUGGGGGAGACGGUUCGAUUCCUGCUGGUGCUGCGCUGCAGGGACGCGGGGGCGACACCGACCGAGCCCGGCCCCGGGGGCGGUGAUGAUGCUGCUGCAGGUUUCGGGACGGAGUCGGCCAGCAGCCGAGCGUGGAGAGAGCUCGCCGGCUCUCUGUGCGCUGUGGCCAGUGUGAGUCCAGGUGAGAGCAACCGCCACCGAGGCAACCACCACCAGCAUCUCCAUGACUACCAGAGCAGCGGGGACGAGGCAAAUGAAGACGGCGAGGAGGACUACAUCGCAGCAGCGGAGGCGGCCAUCGCGGCACUAGGCAGCAGGGUGGACUCCCGGUGUCGUAGCUUCAGAGACUGCAAACCUCUGCUCAUCCACAACUCGUCAGGGACGGCGUACAGGGAGUUCCGCAGGGCGCCUGUUCAGUCUCCGCUGGACGAGCCGGUGGUUCUGACGGAUGAAGUGAUCUUCCCUCUCACCGUCUCUCUGGACAAACUUCCUGUCAGCACGUUGAAAGUCAAGGUGAUGGUCACGGUUUGGAAGAAGGAGGCAGAGAAAGCGGAGGUGCAGGAACUUGGUUACCUGAGCGUCCUGCAGCAGCGAGAACCGACACAGACCUUCAGACACGACCUGAACACGUUCAAGGCUCAGGUGAGCACCACUCUGACCGUCCUGCCGCCGCCAACCAUCCGCUGCAAACAGAUGACCGUCUCCGGGAGACACCUCGCUGUCCUCAAAGUGCUGAAUGAGUCUUCUCAGGAGGAGGUGAGUAUUCGGGAUGUUCGCAUUUUGCCGAACCUGAACGCCUCCUACCUUCCCAUGAUGCCAGACGGCUCCGUCCUGCUUGUGGACAAUGUGUGCCACCAGUCAGGGGAGGUCGGCAUGGCGUCUUUCUGCAGGGUGGACAGCCUGGCUUGCCGCCUUCCCAGCAUGCUCAGCGCUUUAGAAGAGCACGACUUCUUGUUCCAGCUGCACCUCAACGACAUGGGGCAGGACGACUCCAACGAGGGGCUGGAGGUUCCCCUGGUCGCUGUGUUGCAGUGGUCAACUCCCAAGAUGCCUUUCACCAAUUGUAUCUACACCCACUACAGGCUGCCCAGUGUCCGUCUGGACCGACCACGGUUCGUCAUGACGGCGAGUUGUCCGAGCACGGUCCGAGUGAAGGAGAACUUCAAGGUCAAAUAUGUUCUGCUCAACAACCUUCAGGACUUCCUGGCUGUACGACUCGUCUGGACCCCAGAGGGUCGCGGUCAUGGCGACGAUGCCUCUCUAGCAGCUGUGGUGUGUCACUCUCCUCUCAGUAACCUCGGUCACUGUCGUAAAGGAAGAACUUUGUCGUUCAGUGUUUCAUUCCAGAUCCUCCGACCAGGACUGUACGAGCUCAGUCAGCACAUGAAGCUGAAGCUUCAGUUCACAGCUUCGGUCUCUAACCCUCCUCCAGACGCUCGGCCUCUGUCACGUAAGAACAGCCCGUCCAGUCCGGCGGUUCGAGACCUGUUGGACCGUCACCAGGCGAGUCUGGGUCGAUCUCAGUCCUUCUCCCACCAGCAACCAUCUCGAUCCCACAUCAUGAGGACGGGCAGCGCCAUGGAGCGACGGGCCAUCACCCCACCUGUCGGCUCUCCGGUUGGUCGACCGCUCUACCUGCCACCACAGGACAAAUCGCUGCUGUCACUGGACAAGAUCGCUAAGAGGGAAUGUAAAGUCCUGGUGGUGGAUCCCGUCAGCUAGAGAGCGAGGGAGGGAGCGAGGGAGGGAGGGAGGGAGGGAGGGAGGGAGCGAGAUGAGCAACAAGGAGGAAGAGAGGAGAGACUUUGAAAGAAGAAAAUGAAUCGAUGAUCGUCAGAGCCUUUAGCUUCUCUUCAUCAUAACUGAACCUGAACCUCCGGUCGAACCUGCUGAUCCGUGUUACUGCGGAAACCAUUUACUGUAAAAUGUAUUUUUUAAUGUGAUGUAUUAUCACGUGUAUUAUUUAAAGCUACAGCAUCACUGUCUAUGACCUCAUUAUUAAGGAUUUAUAUUCUGUAACUAAAUAUUACUGAUCAAUAAAUCCUUUGAAAUCAAAGUGAU